CAGCCUGAGCAUGAACACUGGAAACAUGCGUCUCGCCUUCCCUUAGAGAAACCCAAAGAAUGACGUUACCAGACUUCAGCUUCUGCGUGAAUAGCUGCACGACUUCUUAAGACAGAGGAAUAUGGGGAUUUAGAAGGAAAUUCCUUUCGUCAAACGUCGCAACCUUGACGUGAUCUUAACGGACAUCGUGGAAUAAACUGGAUAGACACUGAGUCUGACUUACCGGUGACUUUUCUCACCUGCUCGUCCAGUUUCACUUCUCAGAGACGUGACGUCUUUAGUAGACGAUUCACAAUACAGUACUGCCACCUACUGGAGCAACGCGGACACGGCAGCAAUGAUAAACCCGAGCAUUGUGAAGCAUUAUAAUCACACAGGAAAGUUGGACAAUCGCCAAGAGACCGGUGGAAGCACUUUAGAUCCCGAAAAGGUGGUAUUCCUGGUUAUAUGUAGCUGUAUUGUCCUUGAAAACCUGAUAGUCCUAAUAGCAAUAUGGAAAAACCACAAAUUCCAUAACCGCAUGUACUUCUUCAUUGGAAACUUGGCGUUGUGUGACCUUCUGGCUGGAGUGGCUUACACAGCCAAUCUGCUCAUGUCGGGCGAGAGGACUUUGCACCUGUCUCUAGCUGAGUGGUUUAUCAGAGAGGGGAGCAUGUUUGUGGCUCUGGGGGCCUCCAUCUUCAGUUUGCUGGCGAUAGCCAUAGAGAGGCAUCUCACCAUGAUUAAGAUGAGGCCCUACGACACCAGUAAGAACUACAGGGUGUUCCUGCUCAUAGGCAUGUGCUGGCUGAUAGCCGUGGCUCUCGGCUCUCUGCCCAUCCUCGGCUGGAACUGCCUGGACAACCUGCCCGACUGCUCCACCGUUCUCCCGCUCUACUCGAAGAAGUACGUGGCGUUCUGCGUCGGCAUCUUCACGGCCCUGCUGGUCGCCGUGGUGGCACUGUACGCCCGCAUCUACGCCCUGGUCAAGUCCAGCGGGCGCAAGGUGACAAAGCACGGCAGCUCGGAGCACUCCAUGGCCCUGCUGCGCACCGUCGUCAUCGUCGUCGGCAUCUUCAUCGCCUGCUGGACGCCCCUGUUCAUGCUCCUCUUCCUGGAUGUGGCGUGCGCAGUCGGGCGCUGCGCUGUGCUGCACAGGGCUGAUUGGUUCAUCACCCUGGCCGCCCUCAACUCUGCCCUGAACCCCGUCAUCUACACGCUGGCCAGCAGGGAGAUGCGGAGAGCCUUCUUCGCCGUGGUGUGCAGCUGCCUGCAAGCUCGGAAGCCCCCCGCAGCAGGGCGUGCCGGGGACAGUAGCAGGAGCAAGCAGAGCUCUAGCCACAGCCAGAGGCCCGCGGACGAGCCCGAGGGCCCAGAGACUGCAGUCGCAUGCACACCGCAGAAGGAGACGGCUCCCGGAUGCAGAAGGGAGCGCUGAUGCUCCCGGAGCCAGGUGUGGGAACGCAGAUUUCAUCCCCGGAAGGGUUGUUAUUUAUGACGGAGAUUUCUUGCACUGUCUCUCCGUCUGUAUUUGCCUGUGUUGCCAAGGCGAUGAUGUUCACACACAGACAUUCCUCUAACAGACACAGGCCGGAACAGAUGGAGCCAGAGCCCAGUGGUGAAGACUGAUGCACUCUGGAGAAUGUACUGACAAAAUAGCUCGGGCUGGUCUACAGCUCAAAACCAGAUCCUAGUUCACUAAUGCUGCUCUCCAGUUCUGCACGAAUACCACCCCUGGACUGGUAUUCCCAAAGCACACCGGCGUCUUGUCUGGUGCUUCGGGUUUUGUGACUAACAUCGAAACGCAGAAGAGGAAUCGGGUGUUACAGCAGGACACCCAUUUGAAACUUUUUAACGAACACCGAGCCUAGUCCUCUACUUCCACAGCCGAGGGAACAGAUGAUCUCCUGGAACAAGAUUCUUGGGCCAUAGUAUUCCUAAACUAGUGAAAGUUUCAACCUCAGUCUCUCUUUAAGGCUUUUCUGUGCUCUGGAAAAAACUGCCCUUGGAUAUGUUAUAAUUUUCCUGGCCAUAAGUAGUCCUCACCACAGAGAGUUGGCGAAGUAUGUUAAAGUGGGAGGAGCAGAGGAUGUGCGUGAGGGGGUAGGAGCAAGAUUGUCUCCCCUCCUCCCCUCCUCCUCCUCCUCGCCGUAAAGUUUCCAUUUUAGGACACAAACCGGCAGCUUCAACAGAACAUAUUAGUACCUCAUAAACCAAAUCCAGGCCAGGGAGUUCUGCUGUAGCUGAGCAGUGCACUUAAAAUCCAGACUCAGCUGUGUUUCCCAGUCACACCACCAGCCCUCUCGCUUUGGAACUAGGCCGUUCGGUUCAUCUGAGGGAGCGUUUCAGACAGUCACAGUCAUAUUUAUGUUGGACCCAACCUCAUGUUCCACAUGAAUCCUUUCUUCAUGGCGUGUGCCAGACCCAACUCCUCAGUUCCCCGUGGGACGUGUCAAGCUUCUAUUCGCGAUUCCAGAUCAGCUGCACAGCGAACAAGCUAUUUAUAACAAGUUUAGCAAACUGAUGUUUCUGCAUUUUGUGAAUAUUCUGUUUCUGUUCUACCUGGUCUACGUAUAUAUCAGACUUUGUACGGAGGGAAGGAUUUCGCAGUUAUGUUAGGACGUGAAAUAGAUUUGCGUGAAAACUCGUUUAGAUGCUGAUUUCGUGUUUAACCCAGUGAAGUCAAGGUGGCAAGGCCUGUGGUUAAAACAGGACAGCAGUGGCCUGAGGAGAAGGAACGUGCUUAGCAUGUUUGCCUCUUGGAGCUAGGGUCUUGGGUCUGAGUCUACAUGUUCUCUGAGUGUCCAAAAACAUGAAGGUUAGCUUCACUGAAUAUUCUAAACUGGCCUGUAUGAAUGUGAACUGUGUGCCUGUAUGUCCAGUGAUGAUUGGUGCUCUGUGCUGGU